GUGAGAAUUUGUCUUUGCCGCAGGAGUUCCAUCAUGGCCUUUAAAAGAAGGCGGGCGACUUCCCCCUGCAGUAGCGUGAGUGGAGGAGAUUUUGAUGACAGCCAGUCUUCAUUGUUGGUGUCAUCUGUUGGAAGAAAGAGACGGAGGACCUCAAACAUUCCAACUGUGGAUCCUAUUGCUGUAUGUCAUGAACUUUACAACACAAUCAGAGAUUACAAGGACGACCAGGGCCGGAUGUUAUGCGAGCUGUUCAUCAGAGCGCCUAAACGAAGGAACCAACCAGAUUACUACCACGUGGUGUCACAGCCUAUAGACAUGAUGAAGAUCCAGCAGAAGUUAAAGAUGGAGGAAUAUGAUGAUGUUGAACAGUUAACGGGUGACUUUCAGCUUUUAUUCAACAAUGCAAAGAGCUAUUAUAAGUCUGAGAGUCCGGAGUACAGGGCCGCCUGUAAACUGUGGGACCUUUACCUGCGAACCAAGAAUGAAUUUGUCCAACGAGGAGAAUACGAGGAGGAUGAUGAGGAUGGCUACGAUGCUCAAGACAAACCUGGAGGGCUCACUGAGGAUGAGAGUGCACCUACCUACCUGAAAGAAGUCCUCGAGCAGCUUCUAGAUGCGGUGGUGUCUUAUAUCGAGCCAACUGGCCGUCUGGUCAGUGAACUUUUCCAGAAGCUCCCAUCCAAACUGCAAUAUCCAGAUUACUAUGCCAUUAUUAAAGAGCCAAUAGAUCUGAAAAUCAUCGCUCAAAAGAUCCAGAUGGGGAACUACAGGAGCGUUAAUGCUAUGACGAAAGACAUAGAUCUGUUGGUGAAGAAUGCCAAAACCUACAAUGAGCCUGGAUCACAGGUGUUUAAGGAUGCAAACACUAUCAGAAAGAUUUUUGCACAGAAGAAGUCUGAGAUGGAACAUGGAGAACCAAUGAAAUCCAGCAUACGUAUCAGGAACAGGAGGUCUGCACAGGGAGACCGCCUUUCGGCCAUCACCAUGGCUCUUCAGUAUGAAAGUGAUGAGGAUGGCAUUCUUUCUGGAUCUGUCUUCUAUGAUGAGGGAGAAUUGGAGGCAGAGAGCUUGACCUCUAACAUGGACAUGAGUAAUCCCAUUUUCCAGCUGUAUGAAGCUGUACGGGGCGCCAGGAACAGCCAGAACCAGCUGAUUUCUGAACCUUUCUUGCAGCUGCCCUCCAGAAAAGACUACCCUGAUUACUACAACCAGAUCACUCAGCCCAUCUGCCUCCAUCAGAUCAAGACCAAGAUGAAGAACAAUGAAUACGAGAGUGUUGAGCAGCUGGAUUCCGAUCUGACCGUGAUGUUUGAGAACGCAAAACGUUACAAUGUUCCUCACUCUUCCAUCUACAAGCGUGCACUCAAGCUUCAACACAUUCAGCAGAUGAAGAGAAGAGAGCUUUUACAGAAAGAUGAUGAUGAUGGAGACAGCAUGCUCUCCUCUGCCACAUCUGAUGCUGGCAGCACAAAAAGAAAAAGCCACAAGAAGAACACAAAGAAAAACCGCAUGAAAGCUCUCUUAGCUGUUGUGAGUGAGGCGAGAGAAGCUGGUACCGGUCGUAGACUAUGCGACCUCUUCAUGUUCAAGCCAUCAAAGAAGGACUAUCCUGACUACUACAAGGUCAUCCUGGAACCAAUGGACCUCAGGACGAUUGAGCACAACAUCCGCUCAGACAAGUACAUGACUGAAGAUGCAAUGGUGGAAGAUAUGAAGCUGAUGUUCCGCAACGCACGACACUAUAAUGAGGAAGGCUCACAAGUCUAUAAUGAUGCUGAGAUCUUGGAGAAGAUUAUGAAAGAGAAGCGGAAAGAUCUUGGGCCAGUGACAGAUGAAGAUGAUGUGAUGUCCCCAAAGCUGAAAAUAAGAAAGAACAGCAUUGCUCUGAAAAAGUCCAAGUACCUAACACCACUACAGCAGAAGCUGAAUGAACUUUAUGAAGCUGUCAAGAACUACACAGAUAAGCGGGGCCGUCGCCUCAGCACCAUAUUCUUACGACUGCCGUCCCGUGCCGAGCUGCCUGAUUACUACAUUGCUAUCAAGAAACCUGUGGACAUGGAAAAGAUCAAGAGUCACAUGCUGGCCAAUAAGUACCAGGAUGUAGAUGCACUGGUUGAGGACUUAGUACUGAUGUUUAACAAUGCCUGCACGUACAACGAGCCUGAGUCCUUGAUUUACCGCGAUGCGCUUUUGCUGCAUAAGGUGCUUUUAGAGACGAGACGCGAUCUGGAAGGGGGAGAGGAUGCACAUGUUCCUGAUGUUCCUCGUCUUAUCCAGGAACUUAUCCGCAGCCUCUUUGUAUCUGUGAUCGGUCACCAAGAUGACGAGGGUCGUUGCUAUAGUGACUCACUUGCUGAGAUUUCUGCCCUAGAUCCUACAAAUCCAGAGAAGCCACCACUUGAUUUUGAGAUAAUCAGGACUAAUGUUGACCAUGAACACUAUAAGCGGCUGGAUGUGUUUCAGGACCACAUGUUUGAGGUACUGGAGAAGGCCAGACGAAUGAGUAGGACCGACUCUGAGAUCUUUGAAGAUGCUGUGGAGCUGCAGCAGUUCUUUAUUCGGAUCAGAGACGAGCUCUGUAAGAAUGGGGAGAUCCUGAUGUCUCCUGCUCUCAGCUAUACAUCCAAACAUCUGCACAGUGAUGUGGAAAAGGAGAAGAAAGAAAAACUUCCCAAGGAGCUUGAAGAGGACAAAAUCAAAAGGGAAGAGGAGAAAAGAGAAGCUGAGAAGAGAGAAGACACUGUAGGAGGGUUGUGGCAGUCAAAUCUGCAGCGCACAUACAGUCAGGACUGCAACUUCAAGGAUAGCUUGUACCAUGUGGGAGAUUAUGUAUAUGUGGAGCCUGCAGAGUCUAACCUCCAGCCUCAUAUCAUCUACAUUGAACGUCUUUGGGAAGACGACUCUGGGGAAAAGUGGCUUUAUGGUUGUUGGUUCUACCGACCAAAUGAAACAUUCCAUCUUGCUACUCGAAAGUUUCUGGAGAAGGAAGUUUUCAAGAGCGACUAUUACAACAAAGCCCCUCUCAGCAAGAUUUUGGGAAAAUGUGUAGUCAUGUUUGUCAAAGAGUACUUCAAACUUUACCCAGAAGGCUUCAGACCAGAGGAUAUCUAUGUCUGUGAGUCACGCUACUCUGCCAAGUCCAAAUCCUUCAAGAAGAUCAAGAUGUGGACUAUGCCCUUGAGCUCUGUUCGAUUUGUUCCUAGAGAGGUACCUCUACCUGUUGUCCGUGUGGCAUCCAUGUUUGCCCACAAACAGGAAAAGAAACCACCAGAGACAACUGGUGAAAGCAAAAUGACCAACUCUAUUAUAGAUAAGGAGAGGGAGGAUGUUACAGUGGAUGUGUCUAAUGGGGAACCAGGGUGUCAGUAUUAUGAGCAGCUCUGCUACAACCACCUUUGGCUUAAAGUGGGAGAUUGUGUCUACAUUGGUUCCCAUGGAUUAGUGCGUCACAGGGUGGGCAGGAUUGAGAAAAUGUGGAUGCGAGAUGGAGCAGGUUAUUUCUUUGGCCCGAUCUUCAUCCACCCAGAGGAAACGGAGCAUGAACCCACCAAGAUGUUCUAUAAGAAAGAGGUGUUCCUCAGCAACCUUGAGGAGACCUGCCCCAUGACCUGCAUCACAGGGAAAUGUGUAGUGUCGUCCUUCAAGGAGUAUCUGUCGUGUCGGCCGACUGAGGUGCCUGAAGAGAACGUUCUUCUCUGUGAAAGUCGCUACAUUGAGAGUGAGAAGCAGAUGAAAAAGUUUAAAGGCCUUAAGCGCUUUUCACUCUCUGCAAAGGUGGUGGAGGAUGAAAUCUAUUAUUUUAGGAAGCUCAUAGUACCACAGAAGGAACCGUCCCCUUUGCUGGACAGAAAAAUUGAGGAACUGGAGGUUAAGUUUGCUGAUAUGACAGAUGAGGAGCUAGAGGACCUUGGGGAUGAUGAUGGCGAGCUGGACGACCAAUCUCUGCCUCGGAUACAGUCGUCCAUGUCUGGCGACGUGGAUAUGAUGUCUUACACUCCCCCACAGUCGACACCAAAAUCCAUAAAGGGGCUUUCAAAGAAGGAGGGCUCAAAGCGAAAGAUCAACAUGAGCGGCUAUAUCUUGUUCAGCAGUGAGAUGCGAGCGGUCAUUAAAGCUCAACACCCAGACUUUUCCUUUGGGGAGCUCAGCCGCCUUGUCGGCACGGAAUGGAGGAAUUUAGAGAGUACAAGAAAAGCAGAGUAUGAAGAGAGAGCAGCUAAAGUGGCGGAGCAGCAAGAGCGAGAGAGGUCGACCCAUCAGGCUUCGCCGAGAGCAGGUACCCCACUAGGGGCACAGAUGGGGGUGGUACCUCACCCAACCCCCUUGGGAAUGCUUAAUCCCAGCAUGACACCUGUGUCAGGUAUGAUGGGUGCGUAUAGAUCAGCUAUGAUGCCCUGGCAGGGCCAUGUUGAAGGCAUGGUUAGUAUGACUGGCAUACAACCACAUCAUAUGGGGGUGCCCAUCUUCCCCCACCAUCUCCUGCCCAUUAUGCCUGGGUUCCUUGGAAUGCCUUACCUUGGUAAGAGUGACGCAGGUGUCAACAGUAUGGCAGGCACACCAGGGUCAGGAAACAUACACGGAUCUCAGAUGGGUUUGACAGGUACAGGGCAGCAGGCUCCACCACCAUACCCAGGACAAAGCCAGGUGGGACACCAUGCACCCCAGCAGCCCUCCACGCCGAUGUUUGUGUCCCCACCAGCUAAGUCACAGCGCCUGCUCCACUCUGAAGCGUACCUGAAAUACAUUGAGGGUCUUACAGCAGAGUCAUGCACCAUCAGCAAGUGGGACCAAACCCUCUCAGUUCAAAAACAAGAUGUGCGCCUGACAAAAGAGCAAGAGAGCAGACUACCAUCCCACUGGCUGAAGAGUAAGGGUGCUCACAAAACGAUGGCAGAUGCACUUUGGCGACUGCGUGACCUGAUGCUGCGAGACACGCUCAACAUUCGCCAGAUGCACAACUUGUAGCCGUUUAUUUUUUGAGCCUCUCUUCCAAAACCUGUAAGACAGGAAAAGGGCAAAGCUCAUUAACGGUGGCUUUGUGUUGUCAUCAAAAUGUGUUUGUGUUCAUGUGAGCAGCAGCUUAAAGUUGAUUGUGUUAGAAGUUACAUGUCAGAUGUUCUGUGCAUGUUAUGAUUUUUUUUCUUGAAUGUUUUAUGAAGAACUGGAUUUGACUGUAUUUUUUUUUUUAAGACGGAGAACCUGUGUGAUUUGUUUGAAAUGCAGCACUUGAAAUAUAUGAUAUUAUUUUGUGUUCGGCACACAUUUGUUUGUUUUAUUUGAACAUUUUGGAUCAGCUAAGAAAAAGAAAAGUAUCUUGUUUUGGGCAGACCCAUAAUUGUAAUUUCAUUUUUUUUUUCAAGUAAUCUACCAGUAGCAAAAUGUUAUAUGCACUUUAAUAUCAAAAGUUUACACAAGUAUUUGCUGUUGCAAAUAAAAAUGCUUUUGUUACUUGGACCUUAAUAUCAGUUUCCAGUGUUUCUGAUUGAACUGAAGAACUGUCUUUGAGUUUUUUUUGUUCACUGGAAUUCCCAGUUCUUCAGAUGUUGUGCAUUUAAAAGUCACAGCUAAAAUCUACAAGUCACAUGAAUCUAGAUUAGCCACAUUUUCCUGUCUGAAUUGUAUAAAACUCAGAAUGUCAGAUGUGGGAUUUUUUUUUUUUUAAAUUUUACUAUAAUUGCUUGGUUAUAACUUGAUUAAUUUGAUUGAUGGCCCUCUGUGUCUGCAUGUAGCUUUUAUAUGGUGAACAUGGUUAAUCACCAUGACUGUGUAUAUGAUAUCUCAAAGGGUAGCAAACAGAUGUUGUUGAAACUGUGGUGAGAUGAUCAUUGGGUCAGUGGAGAGGUGAUUAAAUUUUAGUGGUGAUUCGG